AUGGUCAAAUUUUUAUUAAAAGUACAAGGUGAAUUAUCAAAUGUAACAGAUCUACAACCAUUGGAUACACCUGAAUCACCAUAUGAAUAUACUUUCCAAAUAGAAUGUACAAAAUGUCGAACAAUUCAUGAUAAAGAUAUACAAAUAAAUAGAUUUGAAAAACAUGAAAUUUCAGGAUCAAGAGGUGAAGCAUCAUUUGUAUUUAGGUGUAAAGAAUGUAAAAAUGAACAUUCUGCUACUAUUACAAGAACUAAUGAAUCAUUUAAAAUAGAAGAUACAAAACCUGUUAGUUUAUUAGAGAUUGAUGCAAGAGGUAUUGAUUUUAUAAAAUUUAUACCAGAUGGAAAAUUUCAAUGUGUUGGAGAAGAAACUAAUACCCAAUUUAAUGAAGUAGAUUUGGAAGAUGAUGAAUGGUAUGACGUGGAUGAAAAGACUAAUGACGAAGUUUCAAUUAUUGAUGUUAAAUGGAGUAUAACGAGGUCAUAA